AUUGAACGAGAGCUUCCUUCGUGGAAGAUGGCGUGCCCUAGUGUUCGGCGGCUCCAUCGAGCCCCUCUUUUCGGGGGUGCGCGCUCAGCAAGCUCACAAGCUUUGGUUAGGACCGAGCAAACUCAACAUAGAUUGUCUCUUCUGCAACGCCACCCAUUGGAGGUGAAUGUGUUGUCAAAUGGAGUUCGCGUAGUCACCCAACGCCGCUCUGAUGUUGGCUCCGUCUCUGUUGGCCUGUUUCGAAAAGGAGGCUCUGAGCAGGAAACCAGAGCAACCAACGGCAUCUCUGGAUUCCUCCAACGCAUCCAGCAAAGGGGUACAACUAAGCACUCUGCUGCUGCGCUAUGCGGCAAGGUAGCUGGUAUCAAUGGUCGUGUCCACACGGUCAAUGAGCGCCAGUACAAUGGCACUCUGUUCCGUUCUCCCAAGGAGCAUGUCGCUGAGAACAUUGCCCUCCUGGCUGGUAUGGCUUGCAACCCAGCUCUUAACAAGGACGAUAUCGAAGCAGAGCGUGCUAGCACGCUGAGGACUCUGCAGGCUACUCAGCUUGACCCGGAGGCCUGCCUUUAUGAUUACCUGCACGACGUUGCUUUCCAAGGCACCACCUUGUCUUUGUCUCCUCUGGGUAACACUGAUGGAAUCAACUCCAUCACUCAGGAGUCCCUGGCCAACUUUGCCAGAGAUUCCACAGUCGGCGAGAAUCUUUGCCUUGCUGUUGUUGGUGAUGUUGAGCAUGCCGAGGUAAUGGAGGCUGCUGAGAAGCACCUGCAAUCUAUCCCAGCUGGAAAGAGUGUGGAGUUCCUCCCCAUUAGAUACUCUGGCUCCCAUGUCAACGUCCGUGAUGACGAUAUGGGCCUUUGCUAUACUGCUAUCGGAUUUGAGGCUCCUGCUUAUGGCAACGCUGACUCCUUGGCAAUGGAGGCUGUCCGCCAUAUCUGUGGACAGUACGACAGGUCUUGCGGCGCUGAUGCCCGGCAUGGUCUUGUCCGCGCUGCUUAUGACGCCCAUCAGUGGGAUUACAAUGUCUAUGCCUACUGCUUCAAGCCAUUCGCUUUCUAUUAUGGCACCGCUGGUCUUUUUGGCACCUACAUCAUUAGCCACAACCCAUCCCAGGAGGCUUCUUUCUCUUACGUUUCCCAGGACUGGCAUCGCAUUCGACACAGAUGCCGUGAAGCUGACGUUGACCGUGCCAAGUGCGAGAUGAAGGCUGAACUUGCUUUGAACACCGAAUCAACAUCCGGUCAAGUUGAGCUGAUGGGAAAGCAAUUGAUGACCCUCGGCAGAGCGAUUCCCCUCCAUGAGAUGGAUCAGAGAAUCGACAACUUGCAUGCCGACUUUGUCCGCACUGCAAUGGAUGAGUACUUCUACGACACUGACCCAGUAUAUGCUGAGAUGGGUCACUGUGAAACUGAGUUGGACUACCAUGUUGUCCGCAGGAUGAUGUACCUGCCUGAUCUGCCAGACCAGUAAAUGUGUGUCACGUCAUCAUAUUACUGCAGUAGAUUUAUGCACGCUGUACAUAACAUGAUUGCAAUCUUCAUCAGUCUCCGCUGUUCUCUUCUUAUCUGUCCUAUUUUUUCUUUAUUUAUGUUCUUCUUUGCUCUCUUCGUCAAGCAUUCUCGUCUUGUUCAAUCGUAGGAACUGUCAAAUUAAUAAUUUGCUGGAUUGUGGCCUAUUUUAUGAUAAAACAACUGUGAUCGAAA